AUGACGAAAGCACUUCUCCUCAUCGCCAACGGCUCAGAAGAAAUCGAGUUCGUAACCCCCUACGACGUCUUCGUCCGCGCCGGCAUCCAAGCCGUCAGCGCCGGUGUCGAAUUGACCGAGCAUUGGGCCGUCGCGUCUCGGGGCGUCAAGAUCGUACCUGAUACAACCGUUCAGGAGUUACCGCCUGUGGAUGCGUUGGCGGAAGAGUAUGAUAUCUUGGUAUUGCCGGGUGGAGCCCCCGGUGCGAAGACAUUUUGCGGAUCGGAGAAGGUGAAGGAGAUUCUGCGUGCGUUCUACGGGAAAGAAGGAAAGAUUGUUGGUACGAUUUGCGCAGCAUCAACAGCAAUCAAAGCAGCUGGUCUUCAUUACUCCAAAUCCCUCACAUCCCACCCCAGCGUCAAAGACGAGUUGACGUCAGAUUACGAGUACAAAGAAGACCGUAUCGUCGUGGAUGGUAACUUGGUGUCGAGUCGGGGACCAGGAACAGCGUUGUUGUUUGCAUUGACGAUCGUUGAGAAGGCGCUGGGAGCGGAGAAGAGGAAGGAGGUUGAGGGGCCGAUGGUGUUGAGUUCUGUUCUCUAG